CUUGACUCCGCAGCGUGAAAGGAAAGGAGGGGACAACCCUGAACCGAGCUCAUUUCUGCUCUCACGUUUCUGACCGGAGAGACUGUCCGCUGGUUCCGAUGAAAGAAGUCAAUCGUAACUCGGGGUGUUUUUCAUAACCAGGACCAACCAUCGUCCCCACAUGUGCUGACACGUCUCUCCAGACAUUACACACAUCCCGUCGAGCCCGGCGGAGGAGCACCGACUCGGUCUGACACAUUAGUGAAUACUAUACGAGAGAAGCGCCGAGGGGGGAAGAAAGAUGUUGCUGAAGGAGUACAGGAUAUGUAUGCCUCUCACAGUGGAGGAGUACCGGAUCGGGCAGCUCUACAUGAUCAGUAAACACAGCCACGAGCAGAGUGAUCGAGGGGAAGGAGUCGAGGUGGUCCAGAAUGAACCCUUUGAAGACCCGGCACACGGACAGGGACAGUUCACAGAGAAACGAGUCUACCUCAACAGUAAAUUACCCAGCUGGGCUCGAGCAGUGGUCCCCAAGAUCUUCUAUGUGACGGAGAAAGCAUGGAACUACUACCCUUACACCAUAACAGAAUAUACAUGCUCAUUCCUGCCAAAGUUCUCCAUCCACAUAGAGACAAAGUACGAGGACAACAAAGGAAGCAACGACAAUAUCUUUGACACAGAGCUGAAGGAGCAGGAGAGGGAGGUGUGUUUCGUCGACAUCGCCUACGACGAGAUCCCCGAGCGCUACUAUAAAGACUCUGAGGACUUGAGAUAUUUCAAGUCGGAGAAGACUUCGCGGGGGAUUCUUCAGGAGGGCUGGAGGGACACGCAGGAUCCCAUCAUGUGCUCGUACAAACUGGUCACCGUCAAGUUUGAGGUGUGGGGUCUGCAGACGCGUGUGGAGCAGUUCGUACACAAGGUUGUUCGGGAUGUGUUGCUGCUGGGACACAGACAGGCGUUUGCCUGGGUGGAUGAGUGGAUUGAUAUGACUUUGGAUGACGUGCGGGAUUACGAGAAACAAAUGCAUGAGAAAACCAACAUUAAAGUUUGCCAUGAGCAGCAAGAGCAUUCCACAACAAACCCAUCUUCACUGGAUGACAUAGAGAUCCAUGACAAAGCAAGCACAUGACGAUGGAUGAGGUGAGAGAGUUUGAGCGCACCAUCCAGGAGGCCACCAACCAGAAGAUCGGGAUGUUUCCCCCGUCGAUCUCCAUCAGCGAGACGCCCCUGUCCUCCUGUGCCCUCACCGGCCCCGCCAGCGCCCCCACCACCCCUAUGUGCACUGAUGCUCCUGAGUCCCUCUCUGUCCCCAAGGACCGACCACGCAAGAAAUCUGCCCCAGAAACCCUGACCCUUCCCGACCCUGCCAAAAGUGGGGUCCCGCAGAGCUCUAAGCUGAGCCCACUUCCAGAUUCCAACCAUCUCCAGUCAUCGCCGACGCCGUCCUCCAACUCUGAUCUUACUGAGAUGGAUGAGCAGUAGAAGGACCUUGGGAUGUCUUCCCCCACCCCCUUCUUUACUUAUAUUCCUGUAGCCUAACCUCCAAACACCAGUGCCCGGACGUUGAAGUUCUCUGGCCAUAUCAAAUGAUUUAACAUAAUCCUGGACACAAUAAUCAAUCUUUAUCAGUGCCAUUAACACCAUCCAGGCAGCUGUAGGCUCCACCUCCCUGACAGGGCUGACCUCUUCCCAACUAUUUCAACAACCACCUUAAUGUUCAAUCCAAACAAAGAUAUGCCAUAUCUUUUGUAUUUUGGGUGAGAGGCAGUUUCUUAUAUUGUUUGAAUAAAUUAUGUAUUGCAUUAGCUUAGCUUUGUUGGCUUUGAUCAGAUGAGCAGACACCCUACUAUCUGUUAAACUAUGAAUCAGUUGCCUUAUCACCACAGAGCCAGUGUUUUUUUUUCUAGUUUUGUUGAAGUGCGCAAAUAAAAACAGAUUUUUUUUAAAUUAGAGGUUAAAUCCAGAUUAGCACAGUAGACAUUAAGAUUUAGAGCAACACUUAGCAGAGUGACAGUCAAGUGCCCUCAUAACAGGAGAGUUUCCUGAGCGGUCCAAACUGGCCAGCAGAUUGGAUCGCACCCAACCUUUCCAUCACAAACCCCAACAACAAAGCAGAUGCAAGAUGAGUACAAUCACAGAGAGUUUACUCCUCAGGUCUCCCCAUCUUUUCCCAACUCGCUCUCCAAAGGCAGGGAUAUAACCGUACCUUUCUGCUCCUUCUUAUUGCCGAACAGCCGCAUUUAAUACCUCCACAAACUACAACACAGCACCUGAUGUAUGUACUCUACCAGUCUACUUAACCCUAGGAAUGUUUACACAUCCCGAACCUUGGAGCGUUUGUGUAUUUUAGCAUGACAAUUUAAUGAUUCCUAAACUUAAAUCUGUCAAAGUUGCACUGCAUAUAUCUUGUUCAAGCCAACCAAGAGGUCAGUAUGAUUACAAAAAACAAAUUCAAAUGUUGCCUGAAAUUAAUGCUGGACAUCACAUGUGACAUGAAGGUGAUCAAUAUUACCAAAUCAGCAAAUCACUUUGAUGUCAUAUGUAGGAAAAAAAGGCCAUUUUGGUGAGUUUUGAAGCACCUACUGAUCUUUGUGCACAGAGGCGGUCGUACAAAUUCAAAGCCUGAUUUGAGGAGAGGGGCACGUGCAUCAAGCUGACUUGAGUAUGUGCCGGGAUGCAUAACGUUUACUGAUGUGCUGAUGCCUUUGCUUUGCCUGUACUGGUGGGUAAUACUGAGCCAGUGCUUUGGUUUGCAGGGAUAUUGAAACACAGUGACCCAAUAUUUUUUACUGGGCCUGUGCUGCAAGUUAUCAAGUAAGAAAGAGAAACAAAUACAUGAAGACAACAAGUUAUUCUUUGAGACCUGUUACGAUGCAAAGAUAUGAUUCAAGGAGGGUUUAAUAUGCUGCAUGUAUUAUUCACAGCAUAUAUACAUGUUAUGUAAAGUAUAUAUGUAUAUACUGUAAAUGAAUGGAUCGGUAACGUUUAUUCUGUGAUGCAACUGUAUGAAAAAGUGAAUGCCAACAUUGGAAGCUCUGUACUAAUUUUGUAUAGUAGAAAACUCAGAUUGUGAGUGAGAGCGAAGCAUGUCCAGAGAAUAUAGGCCGACAAAGUCUCGCAACUCAGUGCCUCUGCAUGCUAACUCUUAUCAUCGCCUACCAGUGUGUAAACCAAAACCUCUGAUUGUCUUAUUAUCUCCACAAACACAAAACAACCGUUUCUUUGCCUGUUUUAUAUUUGCGCUUACGCAUUUAACGGAGAAUUAAAAACAGCUAAAGCACAAAA